CCAACUGCAAGCGUAUCAUCGACUUCUUCAGCCGCCUCUCUCUCUCUCCUAAAACCCUCUCUGUCAUUCUCUCUCUAAACCUCGCCAACUCAAAAAUGGCGUCUCUAACCCAACAGCACCUCCACUCUCACUUCCUGGGCGGGGCACGCCUCCCCCAAUCCAACUCCCGGCCCUGCCCAGCCCGUGUCCGGAUGUCCCUCCAGGAAAACGCCCCCUCUCUCGCCGUCGUCGGCGUCACCGGCGCCGUCGGGCAGGAGUUCCUCUCCGUCCUCGCCGACCGCGACUUCCCCUACCGCUCCAUCAAAAUGCUCGCCUCCAAGCGCUCCGCCGGCCAGAACAUCGCUUUCCAGGGCCGGAGCUACGUCGUCGAGGAGCUCACCGAGGACAGCUUCAAUGGCGUCGACAUAGCGCUCUUCAGCGCCGGCGGCUCCAUCAGCAAAGAGUUCGGUCCUCUCGCCGUCGACCGCGGCGCCAUUGUUGUCGACAACAGCUCAGCUUUUCGGAUGCAGGAUGGCGUGCCGCUCGUCAUACCGGAGGUUAAUCCGGAGGCCAUGGAAGGGAUUAAGGUUGGAAAGGGAAAAGGCGCGCUUAUCGCCAACCCUAAUUGCUCCACCAUCAUUUGCUUGGUCGCCGCCACGCCUCUGCAUCGGCGUUCAAAUGUAUUGAGAAUGGUUGUUAGUACGUAUCAAGCUGCUAGUGGUGCUGGUGCUGCUGCUAUGAGGGAGCUUGAGCAGCAAACCCAUGAGGUUCUGGCAGGAAAACCACCUACAUGUAAGAUAUUCCAGAGACAGUAUGCGUUUAAUUUGUUUUCACACAAUUCUUCUGUGCUUCCCAAUGGGUACAAUGAAGAGGAAAUGAAAUUAGUCAAAGAGACACGGAAAAUAUGGAACAACAAUGAUGUCAAGGUGACAGCCACAUGCAUACGGGUUCCUGUGAUGCGUGCUCAUGCAGAAAGUGUGAAUCUUCAGUUCGAGAAUCCUCUUGAUGAGGACACGGCAAGGGAUAUUCUGAGGAACGCACCUGGGGUGGUGGUUAUUGAUGAUAGGGCAUCAAAUAACUUCCCGACACCGCUGGAGGUGUCUAAUAAAGAUGAUGUCGCAGUUGGCAGAAUCCGCCGUGAUGUGUCUCAGGAUGGGAAAUAUGGGUUGGACAUCUUUGUCUGCGGUGAUCAAAUACGCAAGGGAGCUGCACUUAAUGCUGUUCAAAUUGCUGAGAUGUUGCUAUAGUCGACAUUAUUUCUUACGCGGGAGGUUUCAUCAUUUUAAUUUUAAUUGUGCGAUGACUUGAGGCUGUCUGGCAUUAUUUAACAUAUUUAAUCUUCAGAUACAUCCACAAGGUGGAAGUAGACAAAUUAAGCAGUCUUUGUAGCAUAAACUAUUAGGGCCUUGUUUGAUUCAACAAUUCAAACUGUGGAAGUUUGAAUCUUUUUGGUUUGAA